AAAAAAAAAAACCGGAAGUGGAUUUUGAUGUGACUUCUUGGAAGAAUGUACGAGUUGUUCUGAAGCACGACUAGUUGACUUUUAAAUUUGGGCUGUUUGUGCCACCAUGUGGCCGGUCGUAUGGGCCACUGUGCGCACUUACGCGCCCUAUGUGACCUUCCCUGUGGCCUUCGUAGUGGGGGCCGUGGGCUAUCACCUGGAGUGGUUCAUCCGGGGGCCUCCCAAACCCCCACGAGAAGAGAAGGGUAUCGCAGAGCUUCGAGAGGACCGGAAACUCGAGGAGCUGGUGGGCCGAGACAGCACGCAAGUCCUCAGUCUGAAGGACAAACUGGAGUUCACCCCCCGGGCGGUACUGGAAAAGAACCGGCCUGAGAAAAGCUAGCUAGCGUCAUGUCACUUUUCCCCCAAAGAGAUGACUCAUGCUGGUUAAUAUGCUGUAUGUAAAGACAUGUCAUUGUGUACAAUGCGAGUCCACGAUUCUGCGUCACUCUACAAUCUAUUAGCCUACAUCAGAAACGUAUCAAGUUUAUUGCUGGUGCAUUCUCACAUCCAAGGAAUUUGAUUUGGUGUUUGAUUAGUUAAAAUUUAGCAAAGAUUCACAUUGAAAUAUACACAUUUGAAAAGUGGACAUAAUUUAAGAGGUAUGUGCAGGAGUUUUUGAAGUCCAAGAUGUACAGUAUAUUUGGAAUGUGCAGCAAAAAGUCACAUGACUAUGGAGAAGACAAGUGUGUGAGAGGAAGAAUGUGUGUAGUGGGCUAAGUCAAUAACCAUGCUGUUGUACAGUGUGAGCUAGAAUAUACAAUAAUGGUUCACACAGUGGAGAUGUAUGACAUGACCUUGAAAUGUGCAAAAUUGCAGUUCAUAAUGUGCACCAACGCAGCCAUCUGCAGCAUCAUCCUGUGAUUCUUUACAUCACAGGUUUCCAACCCUGGUCUUGUACAUUUUUGAGUACUCGAACACUUGCUCUGGUAAUCAACUACUUAACGGCCCUUCCUGAAUUAAAGUGGGUGUGUUCGAGCAGGGAAAAUAUCCAGGACAAAGUUUGGCAUGAUUAUGCCCUGCUCUGUAAUGUUCUCUCACGGGAAAAAGACUGGUGAAGUUCCCCAGGCACAUGACUGUUCAGAAGCUUCUGUAUAUCUCCUUUUCACUGACUGUUUAAGACAGAGCAUGAAAGAAAGGCCUCUUGUAUAAUGUGUGACUGAACUGAAAGUGUGGAUGUGAUGCAGAACAAAAGGGAUUACAAAAUUGGUCAGAGUUGUUUAGAGUGCGGUGUGGGAAUUGCUUUUAUUACAGUUCUGUAUUAGUACCACUUUGUAUCAUUCAUCACUUCUACCUGUGCAAGGACAUACAUCAGCUUGGUCUUGAAGUUGUGUGUGACCGGUUUAGUUAACAUCAACUGUCACUUUAUUCUAGUGUUCAUAUAUUGGACUAAAGGAAAACUCCAACGUGAAACCAAUUAAAUGUUGAUAUUAAAAUA